GAGAUGAUGGAAAGAAUAAGAAAAGAGAUGAUCCUGAUGGAAAGAGGGCUGCACAGCCCCACGGCUGGCAAAAGGCUCUCGAAUUUGUCAGACCCGGCCGGCAACUCGGUGCUGGAAGCCCUCGAAAAUUCGCCCCACGGCGGCCGCCUCAGCCCGAGACUAACUUCCGCUUCUCUGCAUAGCUCUAUAGGGGACAUCCCUGCCAAAGGCAAAUUCGAAAUAGACACUUUAUUCAACCUUCAGCACCAGAACAGCGAAAGCGCCGUGGCCGCGGAACUGCCGCCCUCCGACAGCAGGAAGAAAAUUAGCCAUUACUCAGAAGUUGCUCAAGAGGCAGAUAUGAACAGCGACGUGGAGGUGGGCUGCUCCGCGCUCCGCUCGCCCGCCAGCCUGACUUCCUCCCAGCUGAAGGAAAACAAUAACAAAGGCUACUCCGACGGCAACUCCACUCCCAGCACCACCACCUCGUCCUCCGGCUUAAGCGGCCUGCACGGCGGGAGCGCCUUGGGCAGCUCCAGCUCCGGGGCCGACCAAGUGAGGAGGUACCGCACUGCCUUCACCCGCGAGCAGAUCGCCCGGCUGGAGAAGGAGUUCUACCGAGAGAAUUAUGUGUCUCGGCCCAGGAGGUGCGAGCUGGCGGCGGCGCUCAACCUGCCCGAAACCACCAUCAAGGUGUGGUUCCAGAACCGGCGCAUGAAGGACAAGCGGCAGCGGCUGGCCAUGUCGUGGCCCCACCCGGCGGACCCCAGCUUCUACACGUACAUGAUGACCCACGCGGCGGCCACGGGCAGCCUGCCCUACCCUUUCCAUUCCCACGUGCCUCUGCACUACUACCCGCACGUCGGGGUGACGGCGGCCGCGGCCGCGGCGGCGGCCUCGGGAGCGGCCGCCUCGCCUUUCGCCACCUCCAUCCGCCCGCUGGACACCUUCCGCGCCCUCUCGCACCCUUACUCGCGGCCCGAGCUGCUGUGCAGCUUCCGCCACCCGGGCCUCUACCAGUCGCCCGCCGCCGCCGCCGCCGGCCUCAACAGCAGCGCCGCGGCCUCCGCGGCAGCAGCCGCCGCCGCCGCCGCAGCCGCCGCAGCCUCUUCGGCCCCGCCCGCCGGCUCCGCCCCCUGCUCCUGCCUCAGCUGCCACAGCAGCCAGUCGGCGGCCGCGGCCGCGGCCGCGCUGGGCUCGCGCGCCGCCGCGGCCUCGGAUUUCCCGUGCACCGCGGCUGGGGCGGCGGCGGCGGCGGCAGCGGCGGCCGCGGCGGCCUCGCAGCGCUCGGAGAGCGGCUUCCUGCCUUACUCGGCGGCCGUGCUCAGCAAGACGGCCGUGCCUUCCCCGGACCCGCGGGAAGAGGCGCCCUUGACCAGAUAA